AGUUUUGACAGUUCCACGAAAAAGGGCGGGGGGGAUUCGAGUUCCCAAGAAGAGAUAGGUUAGAUGGCGAGUUGUCAGGACGAUAACGAGAUACGUCAAGAGUAAUUAAACGCCGAAAAAAAUUAAUUCGAGGUUGACAAUCGAGGCAAGUUGAUUGAGGGAAGAUGAGACGAAAGGCGGGGGUGGGCGCGAUACAAAAGCAGAAGUUGGAGCAGGAGAAGUAUCGCGACAAGGGCACGGAGAUCCAGGAGAACCAGUUCGAGCAGAUGACGAAACACAUGGAGACGUUCCGCGUAAAUCUCGAGGAAUUUGCGUCGAAGCACAAGAACGAGAUAAAAAAGAACGCGCACUUUCGCCGUCAAUUUACGGAGAUGUGCGCCUCGAUAGGUGUGGACCCGCUGGCGUCCGGUAAAGGAUUUUGGUCAGUUUUGGGCAUUGGCGAUUUUUACUACGAGCUCGCUGUGCAGAUAGUCGAAGUUUGUAUGGCAACCAAUUACAAAAACGGUGGCCUGAUAUCUCUGGACGAGCUAAGAACGCGUUUGAUUCAAGCCAGAGGACGUAGAAAGGAACAUCAGGAGAUCACCAAUGAGGAUUUGCUGGCUGCUGCAAAGAAGUUGAGAAUAUUUGGAAACGGUUUUUCUGUAGUUCCUAUUGGCAGAGGAAAACAUUUAGUACAGUCAGUACCUGGUGAACUCAGUAUGGACCAUACGGCAGUAUUACGUCAAGCUAGCUUAUCCACAAAUGCCUAUGUUUCUAAGUCUAUCUUGUGCAAGGAAUUGAGAUGGGAAGAGGAUAGAGCGCAGAAGGCUCUGGACUAUAUGAUGAAGGAAGGAUUAGCUUGGUUGGAUAAACAAGGAGAAGACGAGGUGUUAUAUUGGUUUCCUAGUUUAUUCACAGCGUGCAUUGUUUCCAAAGAAUAGACUUUGUGUCAACAUUGUUGUCAGAUAGGUAGAAAAUAAUUUCAGGAAAGACUUAACGUUGCUUUUUACAAUUUGUAUCUCUUUGGUAAAUAAAAUCCGUCGCUUUGUAAUA